AUGAGCUGCAACUGGGGCACCGAGCUGUGGGAUCAGUUCGAUAACUUGGAGAAACACACCAGCUGGGGCAUCGACUUCCUGGAGCGAUACACCAAGUUUGUGAAGGAGCGAGCGGACAUCGAACUGAGCUACGCCAAACAGAUCAGGAAUCUGUCUAAGAAGUAUCACCCAAAGAGAAGCCGAGAGGAUGAGAGCAGGUACACCUGGUGUCUGGCGUUUGCGGCGACGCUGCAUCAGCUGAGUGAACUGGCCGUUGCAGAGGGAGGAGUUAGCCGAAAACCUCAACACACACAUUGUGUCGAGCUGACGCGAUAUACGCAGGAGCUGAAGAGUGAGAGGAAGCGCCAUUUCCAUGAUGGCCGCCGAGCACAGCAGCACAUCGAGAGUUCCUGGAAACAGCUGGAAUCUAGUAAACGUCGGUUUGAGCGUGACUGUAAGGAGGCGGAGCGAGCACAGCACACGUCUGAUAGAAUGGACCUGGACAACAAGACAGAAGGAGAAAAGCGCUGCUCUCUGAAGGCUCGACAAACGGCUCAGCAGAAACAACAAGCAGCCGAAGAGUCCCGCAAAGACUAUGUGACCAGUUUAAACCAGUUCAACCAGGACCAGCACCAGCACUAUCGCACACUGGUACCAGUUAUAUACCAGCGUAUCCAGGACAUGGAGGAGCGUCGUAUUGAGCGUGUAGCAGAGGCCAUGCGUUCGUCUGCGGAGGCUGAAAGGAAGGUUCUACCUGUGGUCAGCAGGUGUCUGGACGCCAUGAUGGACGCAGCAGAGAGCAUCCAGCCCAGGAUGGACACCCGUCAGGUGGUGGAGGUGUAUAAAUCCGGCUUCGACCCUCCAGGGGACGUUGAGUUUGAAGACUACAGCGCCACCAUGAGGCGGAGCAUUUCUGAAUCCAGCUACCUUGACGACCGGACCGAGGGGCGGAGACACAGCAGGAAACUGUGGCCUUUCAUCCGCAAGAACAAACUGUUGACCCUCCUGUCGUCCCCUCGUCAGCCUCCUCCUCCUCCGCCCACCUCGCCCUCACCUGGGGGUGUGUCCGACAGCCCGCAGUCCCCACCCCCGGCUUCCAGGGAGCCAAUCACACAGCGGCUCAAUGACCUCAUGACCUCCGGCUCCAGAACCAGGAAGCAGUGUCUGCGCAGCUUAAAGAGAGGACUGUCUCUUAAACUGGGUUCCAGUCCUGCAGACUGCAGCCACCUGCCUCCAGAACAGAGACGCAAGAAACUACAGAACCGAAUCAGCAACAUCAACCAGGAGAUCCAGAGAGAGAGAGAACAGAGAGACGCUCUGCUGAAGAUGAGGGAGGUGUAUGAGCGCAGUCCACAGAUGGGAGACGCAGACAGUCUGGAACCAAGACUGGAGGAGGUGAAACAGAGUCUGCAGAGACUGGAGGAGGAGCUGAGGAGACACCAGGUGUGGUUGUCGGACACAGACAGCAGGCUGUCUGACCUCAGUGGGCGUCGGCAGAGCGGAGGUUGUGGGUUGAAUUCUCAGGCGACGACGCCAGGCAGCAGCAGUCUGAAGCAGAUGGACAGUAGGAGUCCAGCCAGCAGAGAGAGUCCUGACGGCAGUUACACAGAGGACCACAGCGCUGAGCUCACCUUUAAGUCCCGCAGUUCAGAGUUCGACGACGACUUCGACGACGAAGAACCUCUGCCCAGUAUCGGCACCUGCAAGUCCCUGUACCCGUUCCAAGGUCAGAACGAGGGCACCCUGUCCAUGGUGGAGGGGGAACUACUUUCUGUGGUGGAGGAGGACAAAGGCGACGGCUGGACGCGGGUGCGGCGGAACCUGGAGGAGGAGGGCUACGUGCCCACCUCCUACAUCAAAGUCUUCCUGGACGGCAGCGCCAAAGGCUUUGUGCAGAGUAGUCGCCUAGUGUAGCACUUUGGCCGUAAGUCGAGCAGGAGGCCCCCCCACCCCACCCCCCCCACAGGAAGACAAGUGUACAGAAAACAGAUCUGAGGAAGAAAAACCAUCCAGCAAGUAUCUGGACCCAUCAGCACACAGAGCAAUGACCCUGCAGAUGUUAGACAGGUCCCAGCAAAGAACCCAUAUGAGACAGGCCCCAACAUUGAUCACAUAUUAGACAGGCCCUGACACUGAUCACAUAUUAGACAGGCCCCAACACUGAUCAGAUAUUAGACAGGUCCCAGUACUGACCACAUAUUAGACAGGCCCCAGCACUGAUCAGAUAUUAGACAGG